AUGUCACCUCGCUCGGUGGCCUUGGUGGCUACAAGUCUGGGAUGUUUUGCCUUAGUCGCCUGUCUACUAUCUUUUCCAAUGAUCCUCACUGAGAUUAGCAACAUUCAUGCCGAACUCGACGCCGAAAUCGAAUCGUGGAAGCUGGAAACGGAUAUUCUGUGGAGGGACAUGCACACAUACGGGCGUAUCCGUCGUGAAGCGUACGGGUCUUCUCCUCACCGUUCAAGCUUCUCCGGUACACAGGGUCCCAGCGCGUUCGGAGAACAGUCACUUCAAGGAAAUGUCAGAAGACCAUCUCAUCAAUUUGCAGCAAACGGUCAUACUCCAGAUACCGUUGGAGUUGCACCCGGUCUAACUGGUAGCAAUAAUAAUGGCAAUAGUAACCGCAAUAGCAACAACAAUGACGGUAACAGUGACAGCGGUCACAACAGCAACAACAACAACGUACUUCCAUUAACUGAUGGAGCUCCGUCGAUCCAGCCCAAUGAGAACUGCAACUGCAAUCUUGAGAAGACAUGUCCACCAGGACCGCCUGGUCCCAAGGGCGCUCCUGGAUUUGAUGGUCCCGAAGGAGUUCCAGGAGUUCCUGGAUUUGAUGGACAGGACGCUGAAGAUGCAAAAGCGCAGACACAGCAGUACGAUGGAUGCUUCAACUGCCCACACGGGCCGCCAGGACCUCCUGGACCGACUGGAAAGCCCGGACCUCGUGGUAUGCGUGGAGCACGUGGUCAAGCUGCAAUACCGGGUCGUGAUGGACAACCUGGGUUCCCUGGAACCCUCGGUGCUAUCGGAGUUCCAGGACCACCUGGUGAAGAAGGACCCGAAGGAGAACCUGGAGAGAAUAUAGAACAUCAGAUUGGAGUUCCUGGUGUUAAGGGACAACAGGGACCACCUGGAGAGCCAGGAGAUCAGGGACUUCAGGGCGACACUGGCGCUCCUGGGCAACCAGGAGCUCCUGGAGAGCGUGGUCCUCAGGGAGAGAAGGGAGAUGCCGGUGCUUAUGGGCCUGCCGGAGAACCGGGAGAGGAGGGAGAGCCCGGAAAAGAUGCCGAAUAUUGCCCGUGUCCCAAGCGCAAUGUUGCUCAAAAUGUACUGGCUACUGAAUACCAACGCUACUAG